AGAAGAAGUCGCGUGCCCUUCACAACAGCAAUCAUGGCGACUGCUACCAAAAUCAUCCAGAGGCUCCGAAAUUUCUUAUCGGGGCGCGACCUGCAAGGCAAACUGCAGCUGAGAUAUGAGGAGGUUGCAAAAAGGACACAGCCACCACAACUGCCUGUAGGCCCGAGCCAGUUUGCCGGAAACUACUACUACACCAGAGAUGGACGCAGAGAGUCAGUACCCGCCACAGUCAUUAUGUCCUCUCAGAAGGCUCUGACUGCUGGCAGUCAAGUUGCAGAAGCGCCAAAGCUCCCAGUGACCCCGGGGCCUGUAUACAAGGGACCACCACUCUCCACAGAUGAGCCGUACCUCUGAGCAUUAACCCCUUCAUCAUCAACCACCUAUUUUCUCCAUUCAAACCUGCUGUAGAGGCUGACCGCUGCACGUGUUGGUUGUGUCGUGUACAAUAGACAAUGUGAAUAAAAUGUGUUCUGUUUAAGGUU